UGACUUUGGACCACAGCCUGUAAGUGUUGGAAUCCUCAGAAGGAGCAUCUACUUAAGGCCUUGCUCUGCAAGAUGGGAAUUUGUAUUUAAGCUAAUGAUUUUUGAGCUCCUGGACAAGAAAAACUGCAGUCUGCCUGGAGCUAAACAGCUGAAUGUUGUUAACUUUGGUGUAUGGACCUGCUGAAGAACAGGCAGUCAGAACUCUUCCUUUGAAUGAACUUCGGCAGUGCUCGAAGUGUGACCCCUUCCUCGCUCGUACUUCAUUGCACAUUUGAAGAAAGUCACUCCCUGGAAGAGCAAAGCUGUUCAUAGGUGUAUGCAGCUCAGAUAAAGUGUGGCCUUAGCCACAACUAAGUGGCUAAGAGGAAUUAAAGCUGAAUUUGGGGCUGUCAAGAGACAUAAUCUAACUAAAAUGUGGAUCAUGAAGRUUAUUGAUGAAAGGGAGAAAAAUUUGGAUGACAGACCCUACCGUAACCUCCAAGAACUUGAAAAAUACGCAGAGAACACUCAGAGUGCKCUCUUGUACCUCACCUUGGAAAUGCUUGGUGUGAGGGACAUCCACGCAGACCACGCAGCCAGUCACAUCGGGAAGGCACAAGGCAUAGUUACCUGUUUAAGAGCAACUCCUUAUCACAGCACAAGACGGAAGAUCUUUCUUCCCAUGGAUAUUUGUAUGUUGCAUGGAGUUUCACAAGAGGAUUUCAUAAGAUGCAGGCAAGAGAAGAAUGUGAGAGAUGUAAUUUAUGACAUUGCCAGCCAGGCACACGUUCAUCUAGAACACGCUAGGUCUUUCAGGAGGAAAGUUCCCGUGAAGGCAACUCCUGCUUUCCUCUGCACAGUUGCUUUAGAGGAUUAUUUAUGUAAUAUACAGAAAGUGGACUUCAAUAUAUUUCAUCCAAGCUUGCAGAAGAAAAGGACAUUAUUACCAUUGCAUUUGUAUAUUAGAUCUUGGAAAAAAACGUAUUAAAAUAUUCUUGAGUUUCAA